AUGAAAUAUCGUCAUUGGGUCAAUGCCAAUGAGGAUCAGUUGACAGAUGACUCCAACAAGAUAUCAAUCAUGACCUACAAUCUUCUUUCACGACACUAUAUAUGGAAAGGAGUAUAUGAUCACAAUGAUCGUAAAUAUCUAGAUUGGGAUACCCAUCGGUUCCCUUUAAUCAACAAGACUAUCAAACAAUUUAGUUGUGACAUUAUGUGUUUUCAAGAAAUGGAGUAUUCUGUAUACAAAAAGUUUUGGUGUUCGCAAUUCCCCAACGAUAAAUACCACAGUUUUUAUGUUCAAAAACAAUGUCCACUGAACUUGAAGAUAUACAACAAUGAUAAAUUAGACGGAGUGGGCAUAUUUGUCAAUACUGACAGAUUCGACGUUCUAGAUCAGUUGAAGAUCAAUUUUGGCAAAGAAGUUGUUAAUCAUCGAUCAGAGUACAAGUUGACCUCUGAUUGGAUCCAAAGAGUCAUAUCAAGAAACACCGUUGCCUUAAUAUUAAAGCUUCGUGAUAAGCAAACAGGAAAAACAUAUUACAUUUCCAAUACUCAUUUAUACUGGUCACCAAAAUUUAAUGACGUCAAAGCACUUCAAAUAAAGAUUCUAUUAAACAAAUUACAACAGUUUAAGACGGAACCCGAUGCAUCAAUAAUUCUCCUAGGCGACUUGAAUUCCAAUUUCGAUUCCAAUGUGGUUCAUUUACUAAAUGGCGAAUCAAUAAACACUACAUCAUCACCUGAAUUCAAGUACCGCAAAUAUGGAAUUAAUAAUCCAUUAAUAGAUUCCAAUGGAUUCAUAAAUAACCCUUUCAAGUUGCACAACGUGUAUCAAGACUUACACAGUUCCGAUAAAUUACCAUUUACUAGUUUUGUAUCGCGAUUUUCUGACGUAUUGGAUCAUGUUUUUGUGAGUGAUGAUAUAUUAGUAGAUAGAUUGUUGGGAGAAGUGGAUCCAAGUUAUUGUGAACAAAGGGAAGUAAAUGGGUUUCCUAAUCUUCAGUUCCCAUCUGAUCACAUCCCAUUGGUGGUGGAGGUAUCCCACAAGUGA